GAGGGGAAGUGGCCAUGCAGUGCCCGCCUGUCACUGGUUUUUGCUGUUCAGUGCGCCCCCCCGCCCCCCCUGCUUUCUCUGCCCAGCUAGCCCCGCCUACUCCCAGACCAGUCCAAACUCCAGACCUGGUUGAGACACUCUCUGAACUGCCGCUGGAUGGGCACCUGGGCAGUCUUUGGGUGAAAAGAGCAGUGUGCUGCGAAUAGACCAUGCUGCUGGACCGACUUCGCGUGCGGCUGAACGCCGUGGUCUGUGGGCUCCUGCUUUUCCUCGUCCUGGGCCAGGGCCAGGACUCUGCCAGCCCCAUCCGGACCACACACACCGGGCAGGUGCAGGGGAGCCUCGUCCAUGUGAAAGAUACUGAUGUGGGAGCUCACACCUUCCUGGGAAUUCCCUUUGCCAAGCCGCCUCUAGGGCCCCUGCGAUUUGCACCCCCCGAGCCUCCUGAACCUUGGAGUGGUGUAAAGGAUGGGACCUCCCACCCAGCCAUGUGUCUGCAGAACAUCACUACCAUGAAUGCAGUGGCUUUGAAACUGUUGAAUGUGACCCUGCCUUUCACCUCCAUGUCCGAAGACUGCCUUUACCUUAACAUUUAUACACCUGCCCACGCCCAUGAAGCUUCCAGUCUGCCGGUGUUGGUGUGGAUCCACGGUGGUGGGCUUGUGAUGGGCAUGGCUUCCAUAUAUGAUGGCUCUGUGCUGGCGGCCUUUGAGAAUGUGGUGGUGGUCACUCUCCAGUACCGCCUGGGUAUGCUGGGCUUCUUCAGCACUGGAGACAAGCAUGCACCUGGAAAUUGGGGCUACCUGGAUCAAGUGGCCGCGCUACGCUGGGUCCAGCAAAAUAUUGCCUAUUUUGGAGGAGACCCUGGCCGUGUCACCAUUUUUGGCGAAUCCGCGGGUGGCACAAGCGUGUCCUCCCAUGUCGUGUCCCCCAUGUCCCAAGGACUCUUCCAUCGUGCCAUCAUGGAGAGCGGUGUGGCCCUGUUGCCUGGUCUCAUUGUCAGCUCAUCCAAUGAGGUCUCCAUGAUGGUGGCCAACCUGUCUGCCUGUGGCCAGGUUGACUCAGAGGCCCUUGUGGGCUGCCUGCGGGGCAAAACUGAAGAGGAGAUUCUGGCCAUCAGCCAGCCCUUCAUGGUCAUCCCUGGCGUAGUGGAUGGGACCUUCCUGCCCAGGCACCCCCAGGAGCUUCUGGCCUCCGCUGACUUUCAACCUGUCCCCAGCAUCAUUGGUGUCAACAACGAUGAGUACGGCUGGUUCAUCCCCUCGACCAUGAACAUCUUUGACACCCAGAAGGAAAUGGACAGAGAGACGGUGAAGGCUCUCCUGCAGCAAGUGUCGACAAUGUUGAUGUUGCCUCCUGAGUCUGUUGACCUGUUGAUGGAGGAGUACAUGGGGGACAGUGGGGACCCACAGACCCUCCAAGCCCUGUUCUCUGAGAUGAUGGGGGACUGCAUCUUCGUGAUCCCUACACUCCAAGUAGCCAAUUUUCAGCGCUUACACGCCCCGGUCUACUUCUACGAGUUCCAGCAUCGGCCCAGCUUCCUCAAGGACAUCAAGCCGCCCCAUGUGAGGGCAGACCAUGGUGAUGAGUUACUCUUUGUUUUUGGAACCCUCUCUUGGAGAGGCUACGUUGAAGUCACGGAGGAAGAAAAGCUGUUGAGCAGGAAGAUGAUGAAAUACUGGGCUAACUUUGCUCGAAAUGGGGACCCCAACGGCGAGGGUCUGCCCCACUGGCCCGUGUUCGACCAGGAAGAGCAGUACCUGCAGCUGAACACGCAGCCUGCAGUGGGCCGGGCCCUGAAGGCCCAGAGGCUUCAGUUCUGGACGAAGACCCUACCCCAGAAGACACGGGAGCUAAUGGAGGCGGAGGCGGAGGGGAAGCACACAGAGCUGUAGCUUCCUGUGUCUGGGGCUGAAGGGCCGGGGUGGGGGGGCUCGAGUGCAGGUGGGGGUCUGCCGGAUAUACCCACACAUACACACUAAGGUGCCAGGAGCUUUUCCUUCCUUCACUUAGCCAUUCAUUCGUUCUGCCAGCCAGCCAGCCAGCCAGCCA